CCUUGCAUAUGUUUGUAAAUACGAGCUGCAGACACGUUGAUUUGUUUUGUGCUGUUUAAUUAAAUUCGGUUUUUUGGCGUUCAAGAAAGCCUGAAGAUGUCGAGUUUGGAAUUCACCCAAAUGUCCGUUAUUGACGAGCACACCGAAGCGGAUUUUCGAUCAAUACCCGGCACUUCUGGGGCCCAUGUACCACAAGGCGGUUACGGAGAUUUUCAUUUAAGGGAGGGUGUUCAUCGCAAAGAAUCUGGAAAAAGGGGGAGGAAACCAGGCAGAAAAUCGGCGGAAAAAGUGGACAUGAAAGCAAAAUUAGAAAGGAGCCGUCAAAGUGCCAGAGAAUGUAGGGCCCGUAAAAAGUUACGUUACCAAUAUUUAGAAGAACUUGUUAAUGACAGAGAACAGGCUGUUUUGGCUCUUAGAAAAGAACUGGAUAUGUAUUUGAGAUGUGCGGCAGAGAUGGACGCAGGUAGACUCCCUGAGGCACUCCAAAAACUACUUAUAGACUAUGGCGUACUAAAACAGGAAUAGGCUAUAUUCAUAUUAUUAAUCCAAAAAUAAAAAAAUCAUUCAGACUUGUACAGGGAUUUUUAAGCAUCUUCUUGUUUUGGUAUUUUGUGAUAUACUUUUAUCAUUUUAUUGGAUGAAUUGUUUUACCAUUUAUUGUUUUUUGUUUUAAGAAAAUACUAUUUUUAUUGUUGAAUUAAGGAAAUGUAUGUUAACUGCAUUGAGAGAAAUAUAAUAUAUUUUAUUACCGAGA